AUUUCUGACAAUUGGUGAUGGAGUGCGCGGCAUUCAGUUGAUACGUUUUUUUUAUUAAAAUUUAGAUAUAUUGUAGAUAAAAAAAUACAUAUGAUACAAAUGUAUAUAAUAAGUUACAUAAAAUUAAUAUCCGUCAGUACACCAUCUAAAGAGUCACUGUGUGCCGAUUUGUAAAAUAUAAGUGACAGUUGUUUUGAUCUAGUGAGGUUAUAUUUCAAUGUUGUAAAAAAUAUUAUAGUGAAUGUUUUUAUAAUGGAUUCAGCACCAGCACAAGAAGUUACUGAACUGCUAAGACAGUGGGAAGAGCAACAUGCGACUCCUAACUAUGACCCCAUACCAACACUCACCAGGAUAGCAGAGAUUAUAGAAGCGGAAACAGAGAAUUUUAUGAAGAAAGAUCCGGACCCAUUUGAUGAGCGUCCACCGUCCCGUACAGAUCCGGAGUGCGCGCUGGGCCAGGCGCUUAAAGUUAUGUUUAAGAAAGAUAAUUUUAUGACUAAGCUAGUAAAUGAUUAUGUCCGAGACACGUAUUACUCGAGGCAGAACAUCACGGGCCGGGAUGUGUACAAACUGAAUGUAGCUGCGUGUCGACUUACACUUGAUCUGAUGCCGGGAUUAGAAAUGAGUGUUGUAUUUCAGGAUAAUGAAGCGUUAAUACAGCGGCUAGUGAGUUGGGCGACCAAGUCUCCGGAGCCGCUGCAGUGUUAUGCUACCGGCCUUGUCGCAGCCGCUAUGGAAGUGCAGGAAAUUGCUACUAAUUUUAGGGAUUUAAAUGCAAUGCUAGUACCACUAAUGCUAAGGAGGCUACACGAAUUAAGAAAUAAGACUCAAGAGGAUAAGCAGACGAAUCAAAAUGCGGUGACACCGCCGAACCAGACGCGUCACUUCGCCAGGUUCGACAAGAAGAGGAAUAAUGAUAUCAAAAGCAAUGGACCAAUCGUCGAUAAAAAAGAUCGAGAGAAAGAUGAUGGAGGAGGGAGUGAAAUGCUGAUUGAUGAGACACCUCCACAAGCCAGCAAAGAUCCUGAAACACCAAUUAAAAAUUAUAUUUCGAGCGCGAGAUCUCCGGAGCAGUACGCGCUGAUGUCGCCACCGGCGCGCCCGCCACUGCCUGUGCCUGCCCAGCCACCACUCACGCAUGACCCCUCCUCUAACUCCAGCUGGGCCGAGAUGGAGACCUACGUCAUUGGUAACAUACAAAUUCAUCCGCCGACGGACGCAACCAAACAGAUGUUGAUACUGCGAUACCUCACACCAAUGGGGGAGUACCAAGAGUUCCUAUCGCAUGUGUUCGAGCAGAAUGCCCUAGGUCUGAUCCUAGGAUAUCUGAACGUCCGUGAAUCUCGCGACUCCCGUCUCGCCUUCGAAGCUCUAAAGUAUCUCGCUGCGCUGCUCUGCCAUAAGAAGUUCUCUAUUGACUUCAUAAAUAUGGGCGGAUUACAGAAGUUUCUAGAAGUGCCCAGACCAUCGGUAGCGGCGACCGGUGUGUCCAUCUGUUUAUAUUACCUGGCGUACUGCGAGGAUGCUAUGGAGCGCGUCUGUCUUCUGCCAAGAGCUACACUAGCUGACCUCGUCAAAUACGCGCUAUGGCUACUAGAAUGUUCUCACGACUCUGGUCGUUGUCAUGCGACCAUGUUCUUUGGUCUCUCAUUCCAGUUCCGUGUUAUCUUAGAGGAGUUUGAUAACCAGGAUGGCUUACGUAAAUUAUACAACGUGAUAUCAACUUUACCCAUACUUGGGUCUGAUGAGGAGGAGUCUCGCGUCUCCGAGGACGAGACUUGCGCCGCGCGACAGAUCGUGCGACAUGUUUGCGUCGCAUUGAGAAGGUAUUUAGAGGCACAUUUAAGACUGCGCGCUGCACAGGUUGCGAGACAGCAAGGUGAUAAUAUACCAGAACCGCCACCUUAUAAGGCAUCGAAGUCGUCACCGGAAGAGAUCCAGGAGCAGAUCGAGCUGCUGCAGAGCGUGGCGUGGUCGCGCUGGCCUCCGGUAGAUGAGCUGCUGGAGCUGGGCGGAGUCGCCUUACUGCUGCAGGUCGUCGGCUACGCUUAUGAGUGGAACUUUAACGGCAGGGCGGAGACUGUGCGGUCAGCUCUGGAUGUGAUCUCUGUGUGCUGUGUAGCUCCGCGAGUGCAGCUUCUGCUCACAGAGAAGAUAGACAUGAGAGACGCUGAUCUCACCACUGGAGUUAACAUUGUGCUCGGUGCUGCUGAUGGUGAGAUAGUACCAGAUCCAGAAGUGCAGAAGGCAGCUCUAAAUGUACUGGUCAACUGCGUCUGCGCACCGGUACAUAGGGCCGGUACAUCGACGACUCGUUUCUCUAUCACUGGCUCCAGUAAGAAGAAGACUGCCCUUAAAUCCUACGAGGAUCUCAUACAGAAGGUGUGGGAGAGUGUACGGACAAACAACGGCAUCAUGGUGUUAUUAUCUCUGAUGUUGGUGAAAGCUCCGAUCACGGACGCGGACAGACUGCGCGGGCUGGCUUGUCGUGCGCUCGCUGGACUUGCGCGCUGCCCCACAGUGCGACAGAUCAUAUCCAAGCUACCGCUGUUCACUACCUCACAGAUACAGUCGUUGAUGCGGGACCCUAUCCUGCAGGAGAAGCGGCAGGAGCAUGUGAUGUUCCAGAAGUACGCGCUGGAACUGCUGGAGCGAGUCUCCGGCAAGAGCAAGCAUAUGGGCGCAGAGUUUGAGACCUCGCUUGCUAAUAUACAUAGGGCGAACGUAGUAGCACAGACUCGUAUCAACUACAACGAGCGCCAGCUGCUGCAGCUGGUGGCGGCGCACUUGGCGGCGCGCGGGCUGCGGGAGAGUGCGGCGGCGCUGCAGCGAGAGGCCCGUCUCCCUCCCCCAGCCACCGCCGCACCAGCACCACCCCCACCACCUGUAUACACACCCUCCACACCUGUCAGGCCUCGUCUGUCAGUAUCCAGGUCUAGUAGUGUGGGGUCUGCAGCUGGGGCGCUGCUGCAUCGCGACAGUUUGGAUCACAAUCACAUGCAUGUUGACAGUGACAGCCCACUGCCGCCUGUCAUCAAACUCAGGAAGGUUCAAAAUAGUCCGGCAUGCCAGCCAUCAGAACACAAACGUUCGCUACAGAAGCAGCUGAGCGCCGCCGGUGAGCGAGCGCUCUCACCACCUCGUGUCACUUUACACUCAAUCAUCACUGAAUACUUGUACAAUCAGCACGCGCUCUGCAAGAACCCAGUCGUCACAUGCCCACAGUUUAACUUGUUUGAACCGCACAAGUGCCCGGAGCCAGCACGAGUGAGUACGUUAGCGGCGCUGGCGGCGCGCGGUGCUGAGGCAGCCAACGUGUGCGCGCGCGUCGUGCGCCGGGAGCUGGGCGCGCCCGCACUCAAGCGCGCGCACAGCCGUCUCGUGCACGCGCACUUCGCGCCAGUCCGCACGCUCAGGCUGCAAGAUGAUGAUGCAUUCUUCACACAUACUAUAUUCCAUCCGACGCAACAACAGCUGUUAGCAGCGACGUCAUCAGGGGACAUUCGGAUAUUCAACUUAUUUACCGGCGUAGAAGAGAAUUCUUAUCAAGUUCAUGAAUCUUACAUAUAUCAUAUGCAGGCGAGUCGCGACGGCUUACUGCUGCUGGCGUCUGCCACCACCACCUGGAGACCACUCUCAGCAUUAUGGAACAUGAAGGAGUUCGAACAGCUCAGAUUUCAACUAGACAAUGAAGAGUACGUGGAGUUCUCCAAGAUGUCUGACGAGCGCAUCAUCGGCACCAAGGGGGAGACGGCCACCGUGUUCGACACGCGCACCGGCCGCGAGCUGAUGACCCUCGCGCCAGCCAUCAGCAACCAGUACGCCAAGAACCGGGCUACCUUCAAUCCCACUGAUGAACUGGUACUAUCAGAUGGAGUACUUUGGGACGUGAACACGGGCAAAGAAAUCCACAAGUUUGACAAACUGAACCAGACGCACAGCGGAGUCUUCCAUCCAAACGGCCUCGAGGUGAUAUCAAACACAGAAGUAUGGGACUUACGAACUUUCCAUCUAUUAAGGACAGUACCUACACUAGACAAGUCUGAGGUGAUAUUCAAUCCGACAUGCAGUGCGCUGUACGCGGUGUGCUCAGACCAGGACUCUGAGGAGAGAAGUCAGUUUGACACCAGCUUCAAGACAUUGGACCCUUAUGAUUACUCCAGUAUAGCGACCAUAGACGUGAAACGUAACAUCUACUCUCUGGGUGUGUCACGUUACGGCACUCAGAUAUCUCUGGUCGAGAACAUGGGAGACUUCGAGCAGGUGCAAGAGUCAUGUGUCAAGUUAUACGAUGUCGGACGUAAACGGGACCACGACGAUGACGCGGAGGAGGACGAAGAGGAAGACAUGGCGGGCGGGUCCGACAAUGACGACGGCUCAGACUCCGGCUCCGACAACGAGGACGACUUAGCGACAAGUUUGUUGAGGAAUGCAGUGAUGGGACUGGCUGAGGGUGGCAGCAGCGGAGAUGACUCCGGAGAUGAUGCAGAUGAAGUGCGCCCCAGACGACACAUGCGCACACGCAGACGGGCCGCGGAGAACAACAUGAGCGAUAGUGAAGGAGACCUGGAUAUUAUUGAGUUUGACCUCGACUAGAGAACAAUAAAUGCC